AUAGGCGCUUUCCCCAUCUUCACAGCGGUUCGCGGGCUACACUUAACUGCCCGAAGCCUGCUGAGGUGGUCCAGUUGCCCAGUUCCUGGGCUGCGCCGAACGAACCACUUGCGCCCGGCACGCGCGGCUGACCGAAGGGGGAUCCAUUCGCCUAAUCGUGGGAACUCCGCCAGGGCCGCCCGUCGCUUUUCUACCGCCGCAGAAAAAGGGGAAGGGGAAGGGAAAGAGAGGAAGUGGUCGCCGCCUCAGCCGGCCGUUCUCGCCGAGGCGCCAGAACUGUCGCGUCGCCGUGGUAGGAGCCUGUCUCCCCACAAGCGCCGGAAGGAGGCUGGAGCAGGACCUCCGGCUGACUUGCCGGCCAUAAGGAGGCAGCUCGACUUGUCUGAGGUGAAGCUCGGCAUGGCGGCCGCCCCAGCAGAACAACACUCUGAUGCUUGCAGUGUGCUGAUUGUAUAUGGAAAAGAUGCUGAUGAAUGGUGUCAGUAUCUUCAGAGUCUCUUGCACUCAUGCCAAGCAAUUCAGAGCUAUAAAGUGGAGAACAGAGCUUCUAUUUCCAUGGCGGAACAGGUUUUCUUCAAGAACAGCAAGUGUAUAAUUAUUCUACUGUCAUCUGAAUUGGUACAGAGCUUCUGUAUUCCCGCUGUACUUCAGAGUCUGCAAAAUAUUCUACAACCUCCAUCAAAAGUGGUGAAAUUUUUCUGUGGUGUUUCAGCAUGUGAGAAUUACAAUGAGUUUUUCAAAGACUGGUCUCAAUGGAAAGAGCUUACCUAUGAUGAUGAACCAGAGACGUAUGUUGAUGCAGUCAUAAAUGUUAUUUCAGAAGCAGAUUCUGGUUGUGAUUCAGUGGCUGAUGCAAAGAUGGAGGAUGCUGGGCGUCUACAAGUGUCAUGCACUUUUCCAGCCUGCCAGGCAUAUGAAACUUUAGUGACCAGAUUAGAAAAUCUUGUUGCAGUGCAGCCUGAUCGUAUACGCUGUGGGGUGCAAACAACCAUUUUUAUAAUCCUAAAGUGUAAAUUGGAUAGACAAAUAAAAAUGGAAGUAGAGUUUUCUUCUAAGAGCUGUCAGCCACUGCGACUAUCAGCAAGUAUCGAGAAUGAGUAUACAGUCUCCGUUUACACACCGGACUUAUCACCUGGAACUGUAUGUUUGAAACUGUUUUCUGGAGAUUUAAUGAUAGCUGAAUCAAACAUCAAUUACUAUACUGACAUGGAAGAAAUUAGCAACUUGUUGUCUACUGCAGCAAAUCCAGUGGAAUUCAUGUGUCAGGCAUUUAAGAUUGUACCUUAUAGCACAGAAGCUCUGGACAAAAUUCUCACAGAAUCAUUGAAAAAAAACCUUCCUGCCAGUGGUUUGCACCUCUUAGGGAUCAACCAAUUGGAAGAAGAAAAUAUUACUAGUGGCGCUCUUUAUUUAAAUUUCAAUAUUAAGCCAUUUCCUCCAUUUUUCCACGAUAUAAAGAUGGAGACAGCAGAUAUGCUGAAAACUCACAUAAAAGAGGAGUUGAUGCAGGGGGAGGAAGAUGGCUCUAUUUAUGAGUCCAUGGCUCAUGUAUCUGCUGACCUACUGAUGAAAUGUUCGCUGAACCCCAGUUGCGAUGAAGAACUCUAUGAAUCCAUGGGUGGUUUGAUCCCCAGCUCUACAGAGGACUUAUAUGUGGAAAUGCUUCAGUCAGAUGCUAAUAAUCCUCUUUCACGGACAACCAAGGACUAUAUGAUGCGCAGAUUCUUAGAAGGUGUUAAUUUGGAGAUACCAGAACCUAAAGAAGGUAUCUACCAUCAAAGUGAAGACAAAGAUGUCUACCAUACUGUGGAACAAGACAGCUUUCCCCAGGAAAUGGUCAACAGGCCACCUGUUCCUAUUCCAAGACCUGAUCCCUCCUUCAUACAUCAAGACAAAGAACCAUACAUUUAUAAAGUAUUUGCAGGAAAAGAUCAAGAGAAAGCUGGGAAUCUUUAUGUUUCUGCAAAAAAUAUUGGCAAAGAACAAAUAAAUACAGUUUCAAACCAGCCUCAACAGAGUAUGUAUGACCCGUUUGCUGGUAUGAAGACUCCAGGUCAGAGGCAGCUGGUUACUCUACAAGAGCAGGUGAAGUUGGGGAUGCUCACUGUGGAUGAAGCUGUCCUGUGUUUCAAAGAGUGGCAGUUAAAUCAAAAGAAGAGAGCAGAAUCAUUUCGCUAUCAACAGGAAAAUCUAAAACGGUUACGUGAUAGCAUCACUCGACGACAGCUUGAAAAGCAAAAGGCUGGGAAGCAUGCAGAUUUGGAAAUCACUAUACCAGUUGGACAUUCUCAGAUUAUGCCAAAGAAACCAGAGUGUAGCAUUUAUGAAUAUAGUCCGAGAAAAAAUCUUUUCCCAAUAAGCAAAGAGAUAAAGCGAGGUGACUGGAAAACAGAAAGCACAUCAAGUACUGCAAGCAGUUCAAGUAACCGAUCAAGUACCCGAAGUCUGUUGAGUAUCAGUAGUGGAAUGGAGGGUGACAAUGAGGAUAAUGAGAUACCUGACAUGAAGAGAACCUUGCAGGUAGACAACCAACUUUCCAUUUCAUUUGGAAGACCACCAAGAAUACCUCCUCGAGUUGCUAGCAGAUUGUCAAACACUGACAACUUCCAUCCACCACCUGUGCCUCCAAGAGGUCGUGAUAAGUUACACUAAAUCUUUUGGAUAUUAAAAACUGAAACAUGAGAAAGCAGAACUUUUAUUCUUCAAAAAGACUUUUGAAUGGUUAUGCUGUAACUCUAAUCAGCAUAUCAGUUCACCCCUUGUAAAUCUCAAAUGAAUAAUUUUGGUCAAAUUUACUCUAAAAAUUGAAUCAACAAAAAUUCAGCAUUUAGAACAAAUAAACUAUUAGAACAUGAAAAAAUAUGCUGAACUUAUUAGAAUUCUUAGAUUCUAAUUACACCAGACUAAAGGUAUCUCAAUCAUUUCUCACAUAUUUUAAAACUUCAGAAAGGAGUAGCUACCAGCAGAUAUUUUUUGUCUGUUUAUCUACAAAUAAAGUAGCCAGUGAUGAUGCUCUGAAAAUAUUUACUCAUUGUAGAUAACUAUAUUUUCACAAUAUAGUGAAUCUAGAGUGCCUUGUAUUGUACAGUGCAAUUCAUUUGAAAUUUGUCUAAUUUCUUAAUGAUUUUAUUAUAAUUUCAUAUUCACAAUUGUCUAAUUGAUGCCUCUGGUUAUUGUUCCAGUAAUACUAUACUGAGAAAUUGGGGAGGAUUUUUCUCUUCAGAUUGUAUAGCUUAAAUCAAAGAGUCUCUAUAUGAGUCAUCAAUAUGAGUCUUGAAUCUGUAUUAUUUCUGUGAGAAUAUGCCAAGAAGUACUUAGCAGACCAUGAAUAUAAAGAAACUUGGUUUUUAUUUUUGAACUUCAAUAAAAUUUGUGCACCAAUCUCAACUGACAGGGAUCACAUCAUUACUAGAAGAGAUUCUUGUUCCCAUUGUAAACAGACUGUAUCCAAAAAGGCAGCUAGCCCUGUCGGUUUGUGAGAAAGUGUAAUAACCCAGCAUGAGAUGGAGUUAACUUAACAAGGUGGAGCAGCUGCGAGACCCUAUUUGCAUUCAGUUUCAGGUCAUCCUUGAGAUGUCAGUUGGGACCAGAAUUUCAUUUCUAAGUGAUACAAUCAUAACACGUGACAUCACUAGACAACAUUGCUUAGCAAUAGAAAUUCUGGCACUUCCAAUUGCCAUCAUUAAGCAAAUCAUCAU